AUGGCCAAAACAGCAAAGCUCAAGAAAAAGCAAGCCGCCCCGCACUCGCGCGCCGCGCGCCGCGCCGCCUCGCCCAGCAUCCCCCUCGCCUCCGCCCCGCGCACGCGCUCGACCUCGCCCCAGCCCUCCACCGCAAAACCCCACAUCCUGUCCGCGCAGAGCAGCCGCGUGUCGAAGCGCAAGAGUACCAAGACGACGCGCGCCCAGAGAGUGCGGGCCGAGAAGGCCAUGGAGCGCGCGGCUGACGACAUGGACAAGUGGGAGAAGAAAAAGGCCAAGAGCCUGGACAAGGCGAGGGGCAUCAAGGACAGGGCCAAGGUGUGGGAGGAGGUUAACGGGGAGUCUGGGAGGGCUGUUAGGGGGAAGGCGAAGGGGGGGGAGGAGGAGGGGCUGGAUGGGCUGGAGGGGCUGGAGGGGAGGGGGAAGAGCGUGUGGGUCGAUGUUGAUGAGGGCGAGGGCGAGGGCGAGGGUGCGGGGGUGGAUGGAGUGGACGAGGUGCCUGUUGUGGAGGAUGAGAUGCUGUGA